AAGAAAAUUUCAAGUACAUAUAACAAGCUUAUCUGUAAGAAAGGAAAGUGAGCCUUUACAAAAAAGAUUAAAAACAAAAUUAUAUGGUGAAAGCUUGUUUGGUGAAAGUUGGUUUGAUUCUUGUGGUUCUAACAAUGAUGACAAAAUUAAUAGAUAUUUGGCAUUACAAGAAAUUCCUAAAGAUCAAAAUGCUCAAACUUGGUAG